UCCAGGGUUUGUUGCAGUAACUAGACAUCGCCGCUAGAUGGCAAUAAAGACUUGAUCAAUCUGAACAGGACACGAUGAAAAUGAGCAGCUAUAACAAGUAAAUAUUAUAAACAACAUAGUGUUUAAUUUACAACGGAAACGCUUUACGAAGUGCAAGUAUAAAAUAAAAUCUAGUCAUUUCGGUCUGAUGAUGUGUCAGUAAAGUACAGGCCAGGGUCUGAAACAUGUCAGAUAUACCGCUGUGGUAAACAGUCCAGUGGUUAGAAAAGGCCUGUGCUCCACAGAUCCCACCUUAUUCCCGUUCUUUGCGUCUCCACACGCGUUAAGAUUCGCACACCCUGCGUGGAGACGUGCGCGCAGCCGCGGCCUCCGCGCGUAAAGCGGAGCGCUUUUACGCGCCGUUCGCUCGCAGCAGUUUACUUGUUUCUGCACUGUCACACGCGCCUCCUCCGGUGUAAGCGGGCCUCCAAUACUGGACGCGUGCCGUGGAGAUGUAAGGAUGCCGUAAUACCUCACUACACAACGGAGAGGGAGGGAGGGAGGGGGUAAAAGGGGGCAACGCGUGCGUCCGGACGCUCACCGACGACUAAACGCGAGAGGGACUCGGGCAUCAAUAACAACUCGCUCAUCAAUAAGGAAUCUGGAUGGAGUUAGACUGCUUAAUUAAAUAGGUUGCCUUGAAGGGAUUGGGCUCUUUGAAAUUACAAUAUUUAUUCUGAUGACCCCCUGUGGAGAACAUCUAAAGGGAAGACUCUCUCCACGGGCAACACACGUAAUAAAACUCGGAGGCUUUUUAUUUCCCAGCGAUGGCGAUCAACACCGACGCUUCCUUUGAGAAGAGCGCCCUUCGCGAGAGGGAAGUUUCCAACCUCGCCGAGUUCCAGGACACGGAGAAGCUCCUGAACAGCGGCGCCGUCGAGCCCAGCGGGCAGAGCAACGUCAAGCCGUCGGACUCGUUCUCCCUCAACAUCAGGGGCAGCGUGCGCUCCCUGGACGCGGACCAGAACGGACACAGGUCCCCGCUCAAGUCGGGCUCCGUCGGGCAUCUCGCCACCCCGCCCAACUCGUCGUCCCGGCUCAGCCUGGGCCCGCUGCCGUCCCCGGUGCCGCCCGGAUCGCUGCCCCCCGCGUACCUCUGGAUCGCGGUGGUGUCCUGUUUCUGCCCCGCGCCGCCCUUCAACAUUUGCGCCUUGUGGUACGCACAUGUGUCGAGGUCUGUGCUGCAGACAGGAGACAUAGAAGGAUCAAGAAAGUACAGGCGUCUCUCCGUGCUGUUCAGCUUUAUGGCAAUACUACUGGGUGUGGCUGUCAUCGUCUUCAUAGUGUUGACAAUAGAGGCUCAGUAAUGAACCGGGGCCAGAGAUGAAUCUCUUUAACUUCAUCUGAUCUCAAAUUUGCACAACGGAGCGGAGAGAUGCUACUUUGAAGAUGAAAAAAAGCACAAUUCUGAGUUGACGCCAAGAUGAAGCGGCAGCUCGGAUGAAGGGAAGCGGAUGAAAAGGAGGUUGUUUUUUUAUUUUCUAGCAACACUAAUGAUCAGUAACCCCACAAACUCAGGAGUAAAGGAAGGAAGACGAUGGCUGCAUGCGUGUGCGUCUGUGUCUGGUCAGACGACACAUUCAGUGACUAAACUAGUCCAACUAGUGGUGCACUGACACACGCCUGUCUGACAAACAGACGAUUGGAUGGCAGAAUUCUGCCUACUAAAAAAAUGAAAUAAGGCGACGAUAAAGCACCAAAAAGAAAACACAGGUGACGAGAUUUGUAUAUGGGGUGAACACACACACGGCAACGUCUUACUGUUAAACAAAAGCCUCAGUGCACCUCUAGUGUGUAACACUGUCUGACACUGCCCAUGUUUCUCUCAAACUGACUCCUUUUUCUGCUCAGCACUGGAUUUGUGUGGCUGUGGCAAAAUGUAUGUAUGUAAGCUGAUUUCAUACACUGUUUACACUGAGUUUUAAACUUGUUUGUGUUCAUCACAGCAGCGCUAAUGCAGUCGUAGUGUGAUAUGUCGCUUUGCUGGACUGAGCAGACUCGUCUUGAUCUCUAUACCUUGGUAUGUUUACAGUAUAAUGCAAAAUAUGAAUGGGGUCCCUCUCCCUGUAUGCACUGUUCCUGGCACUCUGAUGUGGAUGUUUAUACAUUUAUAUAUGACUGGUUCCAUGUGCCAUAGCUCUGCAUGUCUGAAAUAAACCUGAAUGAGCAUGAUGAACUGCAA